UGCCUCUGUGGGUGUGGUUUCAGAGGCACUAGGCAGGCACAGCCGGCCUGGUCUGUCCUUAUCACCAGGAGGGAGGGUCCACUUCUCCCGACGGGCUGCUGAGAGGCGACCGUCCCACCAGCUUCUCAAUAUGGCGCGCAAGGAAGGACUAAGGGCCUGGAAGAGAAACUUCUGGCGGCCGAUCCUCUUUACACUUGGCCUCACAGGCCUCCUCCUGUACUGGUUCCCUGUAAUCAGGCAGCUGGAAACCCUCAUUCCUAUGGGUGCCUGCCCUUCCGCCAUGAAGGCCCUGCUGAGAGACAACUCCGCAGGGGUCCUGCAGCCCUGGGCCCGGCCUGAAGUCCUGACCUGUACUUCCUGGGGGGCCCCCAUUAUUUGGGAUGGCACCUUCAACCCAGACGCCGCCCAGCAGCAGGCUACACAGCAGAACCUCACCAUUGGGCUGACUGUCUUUGCUGUAGGCAGGUACCUGGAGAAGUACCUGGCGCGCUUCCUGGAGACGGCGGAACAGCACUUCAUGGUGGGCCAGCGCGUGGUGUACUACGUGUUCACCGAGCGGCCGCACGCCGUGCCCCACCUGCAGCUGGACAAUCUUGGGGAGCAGGCGACGCGAGCCCCUGAAGCCGUGGGGAACGCUUCUGGAAGUUGCGUGGCACUUUGGCGGGCAGAGAAAGAUUGGUGCAAAAAGCCCAUCCGCAGGGUUUCUAGCACCCACUACGGGCCCGCUGAGACACCUGGCACUCCAGGGCCUGCAGCUAUGGCUCCAAACGGGUCUCUGCGUUCCUCCCCCCGUUCUGGCUGGCGUCACUGGGCCCGGACGCUGCCCUUCCGCCCAGGCUGGGGCUCGACUGCGGAGAACCUCCUCCAGCAGGGCUCACGUCCAGCCGCCUUCACGCCUGUGGCUGCGGGAGGCCUCCAGAGACCGCCAAACACCUGGUGUGAACUGGGAGCCCGGAGACUGUCAGACUUCCCUCCCUCCUACCGACGAUGCUUCGAAAACUUCUAG